AGUGGUGCCCACAGCUAAAGCCUUGUGCAAAAUUAUCAUUAAGCUGUCAUCAAUCAUCAUGGCUGCCAUUACGGCAGGUCUGCUGGUACUCCUCGCUGCUGCCGUCGCCGCUCCGGCGCACGCCACGGACUACACGGUCGGCGACUCGUCCGGGUGGAGCAGCGGCGUGGACUACGCCACCUGGGCGAGCGGCAAGACCUUCGCUGCUGGGGACAACCUAGUGUUCCAGUACAGCGCGAUGCACACGGUGGUGGAGGUGAGCUCCGCGGACUACGGCGCGUGCUCGGCCAGCAACUCCAUCCAGUCCUACAGCGACCAGAACACCAAGAUCGCGCUCACAGCGCCCGGCACGCGCUACUUCAUCUGCGGCACCCCGGGCCACUGCGGCAACGGCAUGAAGCUCGCCGUCACGGUCGCCGCUGGGACCGCCACCACCACCCCGGCGUCAUCCCCGCCCGCCGCUGACUCGCCUCCAGAGACAGCCACGCCGUCCGGGUCUACGCCCACGGCAACGACGUCGCCGUCGGCGCCCACGACGAAGCCCACCUCGAGCAGCACUGGCGCUGCCUGCGGUGGGGAGGCCCGGCUCGCUAUGGGCGUUUUGGCCUGGGCCGCGGGCCUCGCCGGGCUCGCCCUGAUGGGUUAGGCAAGAGGCAGUGCUGUUUCCGUUCCAUGCUUUUCCUGUUGCAGGCUUUUGUGGCCCGUUGUGUUUAAUCUGAAUUCACGUCUAUGG